AUGGAAAGGAGUGCAUUUUACUGUGCAAUAUUUCUCCUAGUGUGUCAAUUCCUCUGUUCAGGUUCAAGUAGGACAGUGAAGGAAGUACCUGGACAUGUGAAUGUACUAGGACAUGAUCAAAGGAAACAAGAAUUCACUGCCUCAAUUUCCACAGUCCAAAGGGAUAUUACCACUCCCAUCCCUACCAUUCCCAACUUAGUUCCCACCACUCCCACCAUUUCAACAUCCCCAUUCCUCAAUCCUAAUUCCGAUCCAGACACUGUCUCUCCAGCUUCCACACUCCCUUUUACCACUCCAACCACUGUGAAUUCCCCAAUGUCUUCAGGUGCAAGCUGGUGUAUUGCUAGCCCAACUGCCUCACAGACUACCUUGCAAGUUGCAUUGGACUAUGCCUGUGGCUAUGGUGGUGCUGACUGCUCAGCAAUUCAAUCUGGUGGAAGCUGCUACAACCCAAAUUCCAUCAGAGACCAUGCUUCUUAUGCCUUCAACAAGUAUUAUCAAAAGAAUCCUGUCCCAAAUAGCUGCAAUUUUGGUGGAACUGCUGUCAUCAUUAGCACUAACCCAAGUACUGGGGCAUGUCAAUAUCCAUCCACUAGCACUAGUACAUCAGUGUUGAACACAACAAACUCAAGCGGUGCAAAUGUUUUUGGUUCAGUGCCAGUGCCCACAAACCCCUCUCCCUCUGCUGCAGCACCUGACACAUUAAAUAGCGUUGCAGAUAUUUGUGGCAUUGGUCCCCUACUCAUUGUGUUUGUGGUAUACUGCUUUGCAGCCAUAAUAAUAAUUGAAAUUGAUCUGGAAGAUCAGUUUGGUAAAUUCCCACAUCUUGAACUGCAUGCAGAUAAGGAAGAGGAUAAACAGUGUUAUGCCAUUUUCCAACCACUGCAGUGCAGUGAUUAA